AAUGUUUAAAUUGCUAACUGGUAGAGGUUUAAGGCCUAUUUUACUUUUCAAUAAUUUUAAAGGUUCCAUCAGAACAAUAAAAUCAGAUGCGAGAAAUGACGAACACUUUCAAACCGUCUUGUCUUUUAUAAAAGAUAACCAAUAUAAAGAUAUUGACUUUUGGGUGGAAUGUGACAGGAAAAUAAAUAGUUUAAAUAUAAAUGAACGAUUUAAGCAAGUUUGGACUAAUGCACUUCUUCGUCACUACGCUCAUCAAUCUGAUUUGAAGAAAGAUGAUUUCGAACUUGGCAUAUCUCUUUAUGAUUACAUGAAAUCAAAAAAAGUAGAUGAUCGUAAUAGACUAACAAUUCUAAGUGCUGCGUUGAGACUAUGCGGAGAAAGAGGAAGCUCUGAAACUGAUAGAAUAGAUCAGUUGCUAACGGAAAUUCAUCAAAUUGCCGACUUCUUUGAUGUUGAUACAUGCCAGUCUAUAAUCAUUGGUUUAUCGGCAACAGAUAGAUGGAGGGACGGUUAUAGAUACUUGGACAUGGCUAAAUUAACUUCUCAUACUUUAGGGCCUGAAUUUUACUCUCCUUUAUUUAGGGCGGCUCUCAGAUUUGAUGAUAAGAAAGAAGUAGAUAAAUUAGCUAAGGCACUCCACGAACAUGAUGUUUACGUUAGUGAAAAGAUAGUUAAUUAUUUCAUUCAGAAAGGAAAAAAAUGGCUCUUGGAUCUACUUUUUUAUUAUUAUGAAUAUAGAUGGAUACCUGGGGCUAGGCAAAUGGAACUCAUAAAAGAAGCAUUUGUAAGGGAAGGGUACUGCAUUAAUAAUAUAGAGCCUAGGAAGUCUACCUGCCCAUGCUGUUCGCAAAAGUUACUGCCUUUACCUAAAUUAGGAUUGACUGACUUUGAACGUCUUAGGAGGUCUUUCCUAAAAUUAGCAGUUGAGCGAGAUGAUAUAUUCCUUUCAACUACUAUCGAAGAACUUCAGAGGUUCAUUACGUUUAUGAAUGAAAGUGGAAGAUUUGACAUGAUCGUAGAUGGAUUAAACGUUGCCUAUGCUGCACCAAAACAUAUUACACUUAAACAAAGGGCGGAAUUACUGAGAAGCGUUAUAAAUUACUUAGUGGACGUGAGGCGUAAGAGAGUAUUAGUCUUGGGUAGAAAGCAUAUGUUAAGUUGGCCUGGAAAAUUCAUGGACGAAAUUCAAGACAAAGCAAAGUGCUUCUUCGUUGAUAACAAAUCAGAAGAUGAUAAAAUGACACUCUAUGCUGCAUUAUCAAGCGGUCGACAAACUCAAAUUGUUACACUAGAUGAGCUAAGAGAUCAUAAAUAUUUAUUGGGUGGUGAAUUGGGAUUAAAGGCAAAUAAUUGCUUUUUAAGAUAUGGCAGAGAACUAAUCAAGUACCAUUUUUAG